AUGGCUUUUAUAUUGCUAAAGACAAGAGGGAAGGACUCGUGUUUCAAUAUCCUACACUGUUUAGCUAAUGGUCACGAGAUAGUGGCUCUGGCAAACCUCAGACCUGCUGACCAUGAUAUUCAGGAGCUGGAUAGCUUCAUGUUCCAAACAGUCGGUCAUGAUGCGAUUGAUCUAUAUGGGGAAUGUACAGGGCUUCCCCUAUACCGAGGAGAUAUCCAUGGAACCAGCAAGAACCAGAAACUGGACUAUGAGAAAACAGAGGACGAUGAGAUUGAGGAUUUAUACAGAUUGCUGUCGAGGAUUAAACAAGACCUGGAGAUCGAGGCAGUGUCUGUUGGUGCUAUCUUGAGCUCCUACCAGAGAACGAGAGUGGAGAACGUCUGUGCGAGAUUGGGAUUGACCUCGCUGGCAUACCUCUGGCAAAGAGAUCAACAGGAUUUGAUGUCCGAAAUGGUGGAAUCUAGUAUGGAUGCGAUAUUGAUCAAGGUUGCAGCCGUUGGGCUCAAUGAAACCCAUUUGGGAAAGAGCUUGAAAGAGAUGUUUGCGACUUUGCUGAGAUUGAACCAAAGAUUCGAUGUCCACAUCUGUGGAGAAGGUGGCGAGUUUGAGACUCUUGUCCUUGAUGCACCGUUCUUCAUAAAGAAACUUGAGAUUGUUUCAAGUGAGAUAUCAAAGGAAGACGGUGGUGUGGCAUAUUUCCAUCCGAAGGUCAAAUGCGUGGAGAAGAAACCGGAAGACGGUGCCGAGUUCUACAACAUCAAGGAGAAGGAGCUGGACUGGUCAAGAUUCAUCCCUGGUGAGCGCAAAGAACCACAGUUGGUGAUUAAGAAAUCAGGCAACAAGCUCUAUGUGUCGAAUAUCUCAUCCGAUGCGAAGUCUGUUGAGGAACAAGUUCGUGAGGUCUUUGAUAAACUGGAAUCAGUUUUAACUACAAAUGGAGUUACCACAACGAAUAUUCAACACUCAACAUUGCUGGUUGCAGAUAUGGCACAAUUUGCUACCAUCAAUUCCUUAUACGUUAAGAGUUUCACAGAGCCUUUACCACCUUCUAGAGUUUGCAUUCAGACAAGGUUGCCAAAGGGCAAGCACCUCCAAUUGUCGGUUGUGGUUAUGGUUCCAGUUAACAAGAAGACAGGAUUACAUGUCCAGGGCAGAAGUUAUUGGGCACCAGCAAACAUUGGACCUUAUUCCCAGACCGUAAUCGAUGAGAACAUGAUUGCAACGCUCAGUGGACAAAUCCCAUUGAUCCCCUCAUCGAUGGAAUUAUCUACCUAUGCUUCAAGUUUCAACAGUGUAUUAUCGUUACAACACUUGGAUAACGUCAAGUCUGUUGUUGGCUGUACUAACCAGCUGAGUGUUGUGGCAUUCAUCAAAGAUAAGUGCUUGGUUCCUGUUGUGAGUCAGACAUGGAGAGAGUACAGUCUGUUGGACAGUGAAGCGAACCCACCCGAUGUUUUGCUUAUUGUUCAAGUUGAAGAGCUACCAAGGGGAGCAGACGUUGAAUGGGGAGGGUUAUCGUACAAGAAAAUCACCAGCAUCUUAUCCAUGCAAGGCCCGUCGUAUUCCAACGGUUCUAGCGAUGUCGUCUCAACAUUGGCAUUGGCACUAGACGAGUUCCUCAACCUCACACUCAGCAAAGACGCACAUCAUACGAUCUACACGACACCCGACAAGACACAGUACCAUGCUACAGACUCCUUCAUGGACCUCAUCCCAGUCUCUUCCGUGUGGAACUACAAAGGUGAACAGGUCGAAUUUGGUGUUGUAGUUAGAACAACACCUUCACCUUCCUCAGUAUAA